UACAAUUCGUGGAUCACAAAAAUAUAAUUCGAAUGAUGGAAAUCCAAAAGUAUUUUAUAUUGGUGGUGUUUUGAGUAAUAAUGAGAGUGAACGACAUUUUAAAGAUAUUAUUGAUCAUUUAAAUUUUGAUCUACCCUACGUACAAAAAAAAGUCACAUAUUAUGCGAUCUCGAUACAAAUGGAUCAAAAUCCAAUACGAACAGCUUUAAGUGUAUGCAAAAGUUUAAUAUCUGCCAGAGUAUAUGCAGUAGUAGUUUCCCAUCCUUUAACAGGUGAUUUAUCACCUGCGGCUGUGUCAUAUACAAGUGGAUUUUAUCAUAUUCCCGUAAUAGGAAUAUCAUCACGUGAUUCAGCAUUUUCCGAUAAGAAUAUCCAUGUAUCGUUUAUACGAACCGUUCCACCUUAUUCACAUCAAGCUGACGUAUGGGUGGAUUUAUUGAAACAUUUUAAUUAUAUGAAAGUUAUAUUUAUACAUAGCUCAGAUACGGAUGGCCGAGCUUUGUUGGGUCGAUUUCAAACUACGUCACAAAGUCUAGAAGAUGAUGUCGAAAUUAAAGUCCAAGUGGAAUCAGUUAUUGAAUUUGAACCGGGCUUAGAAAGUUUUACUGAGCAAUUAAUUGAAAUGAAAAACGCUCAGGCACGAGUUUAUUUAAUGUAUGCAGGGAAAAAGGAUAGUGAAGUAAUAUUCCGAGAUGCAGCCCAAUUAAACAUGACUGAAGCCGGAUAUGUAUGGAUAGUAACUGAACAAGCACUUAGUGCUCGAAAUGCACCAGAAGGUCUCUUAGGAUUACAAUUAGUGAAUGCAACUAAUGAACGAGCACAUAUUAAAGAUAGCAUAUAUGUGCUUGCAUCCGCUUUACGCGAUAUGAGCAAAACGCAAUUAAUUACUGAAGCACCAAAAGAUUGUGAUAAUUCUGGAUCAAUAUGGGAAACAGGGAAAUUAUUAUUUGAAGAAAUUAAAAAACAAGUUUUAUUAAAUGGUGCAACGGGUAAAGUGGCAUUUGAUGAUAAUGGAGAUCGAAUUAAUGCUGAAUAUGAUAUUGUUAAUGUUCAACAGCAUGAAGAUCGAUUAGUUCCUGUGGGAAAAUAUUAUUAUAAUAAGAAUCAUAGCAGAAUGCAUUUAACAUUAAAUGAAUCAAGCAUCAUAUGGCCAGGUCGAUUGCGAACAAAGCCAGAAGGUUUCAUGAUACCUACACAUUUAAAAGUCUUAACAAUUGAAGAAAAACCGUUUGUAUACGCAAGAAAAUUAAAAGAUGAUACUGAAUUUUGUAAAGGUGAUGAAAUUCCAUGCCCUCAUUUUAAUAUCACCGACGAAGAUAAUACAAUGUACUGCUGUAGUGGAUUUUGUAUGGAUCUAUUGAAAGAACUAUCAAAAACUAUAAAUUUCACGUACAGUUUAGCAUUAUCGCCUGAUGGAAUGUUUGGCAAUUAUAUUAUUAAAAACAAUUCAGCUGGCGGACGUAAAGAAUGGACUGGAUUGAUUGGGGAAUUAGUUGGCGAUCGAGCGGAUAUGAUUGUGGCCCCCCUUACGAUAAAUCCAGAACGAGCUGAGUUUAUUGAAUUCAGUAAACCAUUUAAAUACCAAGGAAUUACAAUUCUUGAGAAAAAGCCGUCUCGUUCGUCAACUUUGGUAUCUUUCUUGCAACCUUUCAGUAAUACAUUAUGGAUUUUGGUUAUGGUUUCAGUACAUGUUGUAGCCUUAGUUUUAUAUCUCCUCGAUCGAUUUUCGCCUUUUGGGCGUUUUAAAAAUGAAUUGGGUACUGAAGAGGAUGCUUUAAAUUUAUCGAGUGCAAUUUGGUUUGCUUGGGGUGUUCUUUUAAACAGCGGAAUCGGUGAAGGGACUCCAAGGAGUUUUUCAGCGAGAGUUCUUGGAAUGGUCUGGGCAGGUUUUGCUAUGAUUAUUGUUGCAUCAUACACUGCCAACUUAGCUGCCUUUUUAGUGUUGGAACGUCCAAAAACCAAACUAACAGGAAUUAAUGAUGCUCGCUUGCGAAAUACUAUGGAGAACUUAACUUGCGCUACAGUAAAAGGUUCAGCAGUUGACAUGUAUUUUCGAAGGCAAGUCGAAUUAAGUAACAUGUACCGAACAAUGGAAGCAAAUAAUUACGAUACGGCCGAAGACGCAAUUCAAGACGUUAAAGAAGGAAAAUUGAUGGCUUUUAUUUGGGAUAGUUCUCGAUUAGAAUUCGAAGCAGCUCGUGAUUGUGAUUUAGUAACAGCUGGGGAGUUAUUUGGGCGAUCUGGUUAUGGAAUUGGUUUACAAAAAGGAUCACCUUGGGCCGAUGCGGUUACAUUAGCGAUACUAGAUUUUCAUGAAAGUGGUUUUAUGGAGCGAUUAGAUAACAAAUGGAUAUUGGCUGGCAACAAUAUGCAACAAUGUGAACAAUUUGAGAAGACGCCAAACACUUUAGGUCUGAAAAAUAUGGCUGGAGUAUUUAUAUUAGUUGGUGCGGGCAUUAUAGGCGGAAUUGUUUUAAUUGUUAUCGAAAUGGCAUAUAAAAAACAUCAAAUUAAGAAACAAAAACGAUUAGAAUUGGCUCGCCAUGCCGCCGAUAAAUGGCGGGGUGCUGUCGAGGUAAAAUACAACAAAAAGCGUAAAACAUUACGUGCUUCCAUAGCAACGCAACGACGAUUAAAAUCAAACGGAAUAAACGACGCAACGGGUACGAUAAGCUUAGCAGUUGAUAAACUAUCUCGUGGAAGUGGAACAGGUAGUACUGGAGGUCUUGGAUUGGGUGGUCUUAGCGGAACAAUUACAGCAUGUUUGGGUAGUAGUGGAGGCCAACCAGAACGUGCAUGGCCUGGUGAUAGCGAUAUGCCUAAUAUUCGUCAACGGCGAUUAGAUGAUAAUCUUGGAAUAAAUAAUCCACCAAAUUUACAACCAAGUCCUCGACGAUAUAUACCAUCUGCAUUUGCAAGUGAUGUUUCUCAUUUAAUUGUUUGAAUGAGCUGGAGGUGAUAGUUUGGUGCAGAAGAUUUUAGAAACGCUAUCGAAUUUUUAUCAAUUAUCAAAAUCGAUGCAGUUUUAAGUAUGGCCAGUAAAAAUUAAA